AUGAAUCCACCAGCCGAAUCUCUGCUCAAAUACGACAAUCCAGUUUUGAUCAGGAAAAGCACUGACAGAAAAUCACAACAGGGCCGCCCUUUAAAAGUGAGUCCACAGCAGGUGGGGGAACAGUCUACCCCUGUUCCAACACCUCCAAAACCAAAGCCCACCUCUACUGACACCCACAAGCAGGAAGAUGAGGAGAUCCUAAACGCCAUCCUUCCACCCAGGGAAUGGACUGAAGGAACCCAGCUGUGGGUGCAGCAAGUGUCCAGUGCACCUCCUACAAGAACAGAUGUUAUUCACCUAGAGGAGCUGCUGGACACAAAGCUGCAACAAAGGCAGGCCAGACUUGAUGAGCUCAUCAGACAGGUGACCAUCAGGUGUGCUGAGAGGGGCCUGCUGCUCUCACGGGUCAGAGAUGAGAUUCAAAUGACUAUUCCUGCCUACCAGACUCUGAAUGAAAGCAGUGUGGCCUUCGGUAUGAGGAAAGCCCUUCAGUCAGAGUCAAAGGUUGACAUGGAGAAAAAAAUUACUGAUCUUGACGAUGAGAAACUGGAGCUGAAGAAGCAACUGAACGAACUCAAGUCUCAACGUGAUGCCACUGAAAAACGAGAAACUGAAAAGCGACAGAUCGAAGAAAAGAAGCUCGUGGAAGAGAUCCAGUUCCUCAAGAGAACCAACCUGCAGCUCAAGACCCAACUGGAAUUGAUCCUCACACCAAAGAAGUAA